AUGCUGAAGGUGCUGCUCCUGAACGUCAGCAGGGCUGUCACCCGCGAUGUCCUCAUCUCCUUUUCCCCUGUGGAGGGCCCUAGGGUGCUGAACAUGACGGAGGAGGGGAAGGCAGGCAAAAUCCAGCUCCCCAGGGCCAUAUUCCAGUCCCUGAGCAGUCAGACAGUGCGUGUGGUGGUGACGGUCCUCAACAUCCGGAAGCUUGGCAUGUUCGAGGAAGUCAACCAGACAGGGCAGGUCCUGGAUGACACCGUGGUGGGCAUCAAGGUGGGAGAGAUGAGCAUCUCCGGGCUGCAGGACCCCCUGCAGCUCACCUUCGCCCAUGGGCAGUUGUCCCACGCUGUCACCCCUCAAUGCGUCUUCUGGGAUCCCAGCAAAGGGCAGGCAGGAGGCUGGAGCAGCAGCGGAUGCGUCACACAGCCCGGGGACAAGGGGACAGUCUGCUCCUGCGACCACCUCACCUUCUUCACCCUCCUCCUGAACCCAGCUCUGGAUGGGGCCACAGCACAAACCUUGAUGGCUGUUGCCACUGCUGGCUGUGGGGUAGCCAUAGCUUUCUCCAUCUUCACCAUCACCUUCUGCAUCUUCUUAAGGUGCAGGUUCAGGUUUGAGGAGACCCUCCGCAUCAACCUGGGGCUGCACGUCAACCUCGUGGGCAGCCUGCUCCUUCUCAACCUCAUCUUCCUGCUCAACAGCAGGCUUGCCGGUGGGACCCAGCCAGUCACCUGCAAGGUCCUAGGGGGGGUCACCCACUACUGCCUGCUCUGCUGCUUCACCUGGAUGGCACUGGAGGGCUGUCACCUCUACCUCCUCUUCGUCAAGGUCCUCGGCACCUACAUCCACCACUACCUGGCGAAGCUGUGCCUGGUCGGCUGGGGCUUCCCCGCUCUCGUGGUGGGGGUGGCAGGAGUUAUCGGCAGCUACGGCGAAUACAACAUCCGGACCGCGGACCACCAGGUUAUAGCCCACCUGUGCUGGAUCACUUCCAAACAUCUCCUGGUCCACUACAUCACCAACUGCGGCUACUUUGGCCUCAUCUUCCUCUUCAACAUGUCUGUCUUCGGGGUGGUGACCCAGAAGAGCUGCCGUCUGCAGGGCACAGGGGUGGUGCAGGGAGACCGCAAGGCCUGGAAGGUGGCCCUGGUGGCACUGGGGCUCUUCUGCCUGUUGGGAGCCACCUGGGCCCCGGCGUUCUUCACCCAUGGCACCUCCUCCGCGCCCAUGGUCUACUUCUUCACCAUCCUCAACUCCCUCCAAGGAAUCUUCAUAUUCAUCUGGCUGGUUGUCCUCUACUACCCAAAGACGAAGGAGACCACUGGCUCCCUCUCCCACAUCAUCAGACUCGAUAAAACCACCACAGUCUCCCAGGACUAG